GUUUAGCUAAACAUCAGCUGGCAAAGACUAUAAAACCUCUUGACGGCGCAUCCAGUGCUUUGACGUUCGAAAACUAUUAGUAUUUUGUCGCCUAUAUAAGCUAUCUGUAUGAGUGACCAUUUUAGUUUGUGUCCAAGUGUUAGACCUGUGCGCACGCUAAAUUAUCGUAAAUUGUUAAAAUUAUUUUGCAAUUAAAACGCAUUAAAAUGCCUUCUUGUGCGGUGAAGUGGUGUGGGAAACAUUCCAAGACAUCGAGUUACAAAAAGGAUGGUAUAACUUUUCACCGGUUUCCGAAGAUUCCGGAACUAAAAGAAAAGUGGAUGAAUAAAAUUAAUAGGGAAAAUUGGUUCCCAACGAAAUACAGUGCUGUCUGUUCAAGGCACUUCACACCUGAUUGUUUUGAGUAUUUAAAACAACGUCGCCGUUUAUUUAGUUCAGCAAUACCAACAAUGUUUCUACCAAUUUUGGCUUCACCUUAUAGUUUGACUGAGUCUAAUACUAACGUACCUGGGCCUUCGCAUCACAAUACCGGCCAAAGUUUAUCAUCAAAAACAGAAGUGCAUUCUGAAGUUAAUACAAUAAUUGAAGACCAGACUCUUGUGCCGUGCGGUCUACUAGAUGAUAGUCACAUUCUUAGGCCUUCCCAUGUUUAUGACAGUCCCAGUUCAACAAUGAAUACCAAAGUAAUAGUAGACCCAGAAAUUGGUGAGCUCAGUCCACGAAAACGCAAAAUGAAACGACAAAUAGACCAUCUAAUAUAUUCUCUAAAUAACAAGAAAAAACAUGUAAAGAGGCUUCAAGACAAAAAUAGAGUGUUGGUAAAAAAAAUGCGAAUCUAAAAGAAAUUUUAAAUACAUUGUCUCAAAAAUCUUAUAUAACCGAAGAAAAUGAAAAUAUUUUAUCCUGCAUAGGUGUACAAAAUCGAGAACUAGUUAAACGUCAAAUACUUAAAUCUAAAACAGGACAUAUGCCAAAACUAAAAUACUCUCCAGAAUUACGAGCGUUCGCUUUGACACUGCAUUUCUAUUCGCCAAAGGCAUAUAAUUUUGUAAGAAAAACAUUUAGUACAUGUUU